AUGUCUCAGAAUAACCUGCUGCAAGGAUACAACUGGGAUACCCAGUACGAGGAUCCGCAGGUGCAGUUUACUCGUCCUAUCCCGGAAGAAGUCAUCAGUGUUUAUGAAGUUUAUGUGAAGGAGGAAACCGCAGGUUCUGAAGGGAGGAACGAUGUCACCGUUGUGCCGAGUUUGCCAUCCACAAAUGAUCAUCAAUUAAUUCAGGGUGAUUGCAUGAACCUAAAUGUAGCUAUAGAUUCUGAAGUAAUUAACAUUGAUGGUGCUGUGACGAAGUUUCUCGGAAAAGAUGCUUUCAAAUAUAAGAUUCUCGAUCAAAAUAUUAAUUCAUCCGAAGAUAACGUUAUGGUGUAUUCACAUCCGGUUGUCGAAGGACCUUCCUCGUCCUCCACUCGACUGAUCGAUAAGGAUGAUCCACGGUCGAAGCUUCAUUUUGUGAAAUAUUUGAAGCGUGAUGGGAAAACGUUGAAAAUUUGGGAAUGUGGAAUUUGUUCGAAGGAGUUCCGGCAUCAGUAUACGUUGAUGAGGCAUUUGCCAACACACACCGACGAGAGAAACUUUAAAUGCGAGGCUUGCGGCAAAGCUUUCCGGCAGUUGUCGACAUUGAGCCAGCACAAGGCGAUACAUAGUGAUGCUAGGCCGUACGUUUGCGAAUUUUGUAAGAAAACUUUCAACAGAGUAUCUACGUUGAUCUCUCACCGAAAGACACAUUCGGAGCACAAACCGCACAAAUGUCAGGUUUGUGGAAAGGGAUUUCAUCAGAAGGGCAAUUUGAGGAACCACGUGUUUACCCAUACCAACGAGAGGCCGUACAAAUGCGAGCUUUGUGGCAAAGGCUUCAAUCAAAUGUCGAAUUUGGUCUGCCACAAGGUCAAAGCGCAUGCACACGCGGAGAAAAUGCAGCACGUGUGCGGAAUCUGCGGCAAAGAGUUUCCGCGUCGAUUCUCUUUGAGAUCGCACGAGGAGUACAAGCACGGGAUAAAGUAUCGACAUCCGGCUGGUGUGCAGCCGGGCAUCGUCGAUCCCAACGUCAUAAGAAAUAAAAACGUUAGGAUCGUGCAGCUGCCAAAUGGCGAUCGAGAUCAAACUAUAGAAGUAAGGGACAAGGAUCCUUUAAUGGCAUCCGAUGUAAUGGAAUCUGUAGUAAUAGACAAGAUUGAUACGAAAGCGAUGGAGAUGGCACUGAUCGAAGGUCAAACGCCAUUCGCGUUAUUUAAACCAGCCAAAGGAAUUCCUGUCCUCGUGAAAGUUUCUCCAACAGGAACUCAUAAAAAUAUCUUGACUCCUGCUACAGCAGAAGAUUUACGUAUGUCAGGGAAGAUGAGUCUAAGUCCAACGAUUUCUGCUGAUGCUGACAGGAUCAAAGCAGUUCAGGUAAAAGUACCCGUGGUAGCCACAGUUAUUCAGAAUAUAGAUCCUGAUGGUAAAAUGAAUUUCAUCGUUGAACCACCUGGACCUGAGGACGAACACGAGAGCUUGGUCACGGCAUUGGAUUCUCAGUUCACGUACAGCGACCCGGCUAGAAACGAGCCCGAUCGCCAGAAUGGUCCUGUUGUGUCUUCGGCGAUGGAGGAUUGCAACGAACUGCUGGAACUGGCUGCCCAGGGUGGAAUACAGUUCGUGCGCGCUACCGAGGAUGGUCGUUACGAGGUAAUGACGAACAGCGAAGCUCGGGAUCUAAUGGCACAGAAUUCACACGACGUGACCAUUCUUGAGGGCGAGGAUGCAGACGCGAUCAAUGUUGUGAAUAUGCGCGGUAACGGGGAAGUUAUUAUCGGAGAUUCUGAUAAUCAGAUCAUGGUACUUGAUUCCGCCUCCACGCAGAAAUCUAUGCCGAUAGACGGCAUUGAGAUCUUAGAAGACAAAGACAUUCGGAUUCUCGAUAGUAAAAGCCUCGACGAUCGUUUUGUGGAUGGCAUUAGUUUCCUGUCGCAAUCGAAGAUCGAUGAUCUGAUCUUAGGCCCAAAAUCUUUGUCCAUCGAUGGUGGAGUCUCUGUUGGCGAACAUGAAGAUGAAGCUAUAGGAGUGCCUUCGAGCCAACAAGAAUUAACAAAUAUUCUUAGUCAUAGAAGCGACAUUUCGACUCUGUCGACUGCCUCUCAGCCUUCGAUAUCGUCUUUGUUAAUGAAAAAUCAUCCAUCAUUGUCAAUUUUAAACGACACACUUCCAUAUCUGAAGAGCAAUACCAGUUUAGCCGAAGAUCUUAAUAUUCUGGGUAGUUCGACUAUGGAUGAUCAUCAUUCCGUGUACGAGUCCAAGAUAAAAUUGCCCUGUGUUUUCGAUAACAGUGAGCCUGAUACUGGUUUGAUACCCAUUAGUCAAUCGGACAUGAAGAUCCUCGGAUCGGGAAGCUCAAAUAAGGUUCUCGGUAGUAAAUCAAAUUGUCUACCGUCAUCGAAAUUGUUCUCCGGGUUGAAUGAAGUGAAGAUUCUGGGCCCGAAAAAUCACAAUCAAGAGAUCAUGACGUCACAGUAUCAGGAUCUAAAGUUACUUAGUCCGUACGAGCAAUUUUUGAAGAACACCGCUUCGAACACUAAUGGCUGCGACAGCGGCGUAGUCGCCACUUCCGGUGGAUGCAGGAAGGAAGUAAAGAUUUUAGGCAAGAAGUUGGGAACUGGCAUUAUUACCAGCACGGAGGAAGGCAACGUCGUGGAAGUCAUCGAGGAGAAAACUAAGCUGAUGAUGGACUGCGCAGGAGGGCUUUGCAACAGCUCCGACAACACGGUGAUCUCGUCGCCCCGGUUGGACAGGCAGAUCAGGGAAAAUGGUGGUCCAGACAACUUCUUGCUCCAAGCUUGUAGCCCAUGCGACACGGACUUUUUGAAUUUCGAGAAUCGUUUGAAAGACACGUCGCCGGCUGGCCAUUUUGAACGAACCCAAAAGGAUUCGAGGGACAGUUUCAGCUCCACUGGCGGUCUUCCCGAUCUCGAUUGAUCAAGAAUUCGAUUUGGCCCUCCGUUUCACUCUCUCUGUUUUCUCAUUGAAAGUUUCAGACGCUGUACGAGAGGAAAUGUCGCCACGAGAUCUCUCAAUGGCCGUGAAGAAUGGAUGUGAUUAUAAUCACGCAUGAAAUUAAAAUUUCAUCGGUUCUUCGUCGGUUUUUCGUCAGUUCUUCGAACGAUUUCGAAGGACUCGUACAAAUGGCAGCAAUAGGAUUCACUCUUUUUUUUCUCAUUUUUAUAGUUUUUUUAAUUUUUUUUUUACAUUAGAAUUUCCGUAUUUUAGGAUCGUGAGGUCUUAAAGAGUUUCGAAUUCUUGUGAUUUUAUUCCGAACGUCUUACAGUUAGUUGAGGCGAGGGUUAUUCUCGAUAGCUCGUACUGAUUUUUCUUCGCUUCCUUUCAAGGUGUUUUUUGUUGACUCGCGAAACGAGUAAAUUUUAACACUAGGGAAAAUUGCGGGGAAGACACUGGAACGCUUUUAAUCGAUCAGAUUCUAAGAAAAAUAUAGGUAACCUCGAACGUUCGCGAGGAAUUUAUAAAUUUAAAAGAAACGCUAGCGUUAGACGACUAAUUUAUUUUUUUAAUUUUAGAAUAUUUCUAAGCGACGGACAACAAUUUCAUUGAGAUUCGGGAAUUGCUAGGUUUUUCGUGGCUUCCUGAAGUGAAAGAAAGAAAAUAAGAUAAAAGGAGGGAAAAGAGGGAGAGAAAGGGGAAAAGAAAGAAUGUUAAUGAAAAAAUAUUAGUAAAGGACUUUUAGCAGAAUGUUAUAGUACAUGCGUGAGAAUUUAAAUGAGGUUCGUAAUUUUAUGGGAAAUGCUAAUGAUUUUACUUACGGAUGAGAAAGUUGUAUUUUUGCGCGGCGUCCAGGCCGACAGCUUGUAAAUUUUAAUUCGCGUGCACGUGCUCGCGUCCCUUAUGUUCAAGUACGCAUUGUUCAUUUUCCGGGUUUCUAUUUUAACUUGGCCGAUUACAUUGUAUAAAUUCGAAUAGUAUUUUAUAUUUGAAUUUCGAGG